UCAAUUUCAUAAAUAGUACUCCUUGUUUUUUUUUAUUUAGUCAUUCAUUUAGAAAACAAAACUCGUCAACAAUACUCAGAAAUAUCGCUUCCUUUCGACGACUAACAAAUGGCAGAAGAACUAGAAACUAGAAGGCAGCCUGUGUUAACCAAACCUUUCUCUCUGGAAGAUGAAAAAGAUUCAGAGCACACCGCUUCAACCGUCAUCCGUCGGAUCCUUGGCCUCCUCAAGAACGUACGCCCAGGAUCCGAUCUCGCCAAUUUUCAGAUGCCACCUCAGCUGAACCUAACAAAAUCGCAACUCCAAAUAUACGGCGAAAUGAUCUACAGCUUCGGUGGUCAUGAUCUGCUCGGUGAAUGCAGCCGUCGCGAUCUUCCCAUCGAACGGCUCAAAUCGGUUGUAGCGUGGAACAUCUCCAAACUCCGUCCGAUACUCUUUGGACAGGCUCCGUACAACCCCGUUCUUGGAGAGACCCACCAUGUCUCCAAUGGUCCCAUCAAUGUCCUCAUCGAGCAAGUCUCGCAUCAUCCUCCCGUGUCCGCACUUCAAGCUACUCACGAGAAAGAAAACAUUGACCUUAUGUGGGUUCAACAUUUCAUUCCUAAAUUUCGUGGUGCUUACGUAGAGCUUGAGGUAAAGGGAAAAAGGAUAAUGAAGCUUCAGAACCGAAGAGAGACUUACGAUAUGAAUCAACCAAGACUAAUCAUACGAUUAUUACCCGUGCCGAGAGUUGACUGGACUGAAAAAAUGAAAAUAAAGUGUCCAGAGACCGAUCUUGAAGCCGAGUUACACUUGGUCUCAGAUUCAUUCAUCGAAAGAUUCAGAGGUAACAACAAAAGAUCAGUCAAAGGAAAGAUCUCUGAAUCUUCCUCUGGGAUUAAACUCUACGACAUUUUUGGCCAUUGGGACAGAACAGUAUCGGCUAAAAAUCUGAAGACCGGUGAACUCGAGGUUAUAUACAAUGCCAAGGAGAGUAUCUCAGGACUCAAAGCUCCAACUGUCAAGAAUCUGAAAGAGGUGAUGGAAAGCGAGUCUGCGAUGGUGUGGAGUGAAGUAAGUGAAGGAAUACUGAAUAAAGACUGGGACAGAGCAAGAGAAGCUAAGAAAGCUGUGGAGGAAAAACAGAGAAAGUCUCUGAAGCAGAGAGAGGUUUCUGGUGAGUCAUGGGUUCCCAAGCAUUUCUCAGUAGUUAAAAACGGUAAAGAUUGGGACUGCUCACCGCUACAGCCCACGGUUCCUCGUGCUCCACUCGUCAUCACAGAGGCACAAGAAGUAAUAAUCAACUGA